AUGUUGCUGCUGAAAGUAAUGUUGGCAUUUGGUUUUCUUCUCAUUGCGUUUGUGAUGAAAUCAAGUGGAGAAAAUUUCGGUUUAUGUGAGAAAACUGUGAUGAGAAGAUUUUUAAACACCAGCGUCACACCGGCGGUUUACUAUAAAGUCAACACAACAAUUCGUGAAUGUUGCUUCGGUUUUAUGACCGUCGGCGACCAAUGCAUUCCCAUGUGUCAGAACGUUUGCAUAAAUUCACGUUGUGUUGGUAACAACAAGUGUCAGUGCCACUCUGGUUAUUAUCCAGUAGAUCACUACAGGUGUUUACCGAAAUGUGAACCUUUAUGUGGCGAUAACAUGGCGUGUUUAGCACCCAACAAAUGUCUCUGCAAGCCACAAUAUAAAAAACUCAACGACUCAUACUGUGAACCCAUUUGUUCAUUCACAGAUGACAAUUUUGAGUGUAUCAAUGCGAAAUGUCUCGAGCCGAAUGUGUGUGAGUGUUUUGAAGGCUAUCGGAGAGUGUCCGAGUUUCAAUGCGAACCAAUCUGUACAAAUUGUAUGAACGGCGAAUGCAUAUCACCGGAAAAUUGUGAAUGUUAUGAGGGCUAUGAGAAAGAUUCUUAUGGAAUUUGUACGCCAAUCUGUGAUCCGAAAUGUCUCAAUUCCAAAUGUGUUGCACCAAACACUUGUGAAUGUGAUGAGAAUUUUGAAAAAUAUUUGAAAAGUUUUGAAUGCUUAGAGAAGCAAACAAUAAAAGAUCGCCAGAGUUGUGUAAGUUCUUGCACAAAUGGAAGCUGCAGUUAUGAUGGUGUGUGCGUUUGUGAUUUAGGAUUUGAGAUGUUCAAUGGGAAGUGUUUGAAGACAUGCAAUAAAGAGUGCAUCAAUGGGAAAUGUUUGGAAGAUCAAUGCGUGUGUCCAAAGGAUUACAAAUUAUCAGAAAAUUCAACGUCGUGUCUGCCAAUUUGUGCAUUUGAAGACGGUCACGAUUGCAUUAGUGGAAUUUGCAUUGCCCCUCAAACUUGUUUAUGUUACGAAGGAUUUAAGUUCCUUGACUCUAGAAAUUGUACUUGCGUUCCAAUGUGCAAUCCACAAUGCAUCAAUGGGAUUUGUACUGAAGAUGGUUGCAUUUGUCACGAAAAUUUCUACAAUAUUUCCGCCUAUGAAUGUAUUAAAAAUUGCACAGAGGGAUUGAAAUGGAUUUAUGAUGAAUGCAUCGAAGAAAUUGAUUUCGACUCGGAAGAAAUUGAUUUCGACUUCAAUUUCAACACAACAACUGACAAAAUGUCAUCUUAUGAAGAUGAAACUGAAGAUGCAGUGACAAUGGAAACAAAAGAAUCUCCCGAAAUGUUUUUCCCUGACAAUGAAACCUCAUCAAAUGAAAGUUUCUUAGUCAACAAAACCACAGGCAUUUUCAUUGAGAAGUCUCAUCUCCCACCACUGCCACAAUUAAUACCAAUCAAAGUCAUCAUUUUGUUUCUGUCAAUUAUCAUUUUCCUGAUUGUAUCAAUUCUUCUCACCUUUUGUUUCUUGUAUCAUCGAACUAAUGCAAAAAAUAUUUAUCAUGUGCAUCAGAAAGAAAAAUCGUCCAAUUGUGUUUACUUCGUGCCACAAAGUGAAGUUGCAACUUCACCUGAUAGUGAAUGCAGUUUAUGA